AGGCUUUAUCUUUUUGUGGCUGUUACAGUGUUUAAGCAUCAAAAUAUUUCAUGUAGACAUAACAAAAUGCCGAAACCCGGGAUCGAACCAGGGACCUUUAGAUCUUCAGUCUAACGCUCUCCCAACUGAGCUAUUUCGGCGACAUGCCAAACACUACUAUCUUGUCACAUUUAUAGAUAAAUUAUGCGAAUAAGAUAUGUGAAUAUAUUUAUUCCUAUAUGACCAGUUAUCAGGCACUUAAAUAGAGGUAAAGCUUCAACCGAUUGUUAGGUUAUCUUUGUUUUUUUAUGGCUCUCGCCAGGCAGCACGUUUCUCACGGUGACGUAAUUUUAACGCCCAUUUUCAGCGCAGUGGCUGCUGGGAAGAGAGGUCAAGAAUCGGUGGCCGUGGAAGACAGGGAUUUACUGCUGCGUAAAGCGCUUUGUAGAACUCACUAAUACGACCCGCUGAACUACUUCAUUAUUCCAAACCAGGCGUGUUCGCUUUGCUUGUCACAAUACAGGAACUAUUAUAAUAGGCUAUCGUCAGUUUUUCAGUAAUUCAGUCGAUACUCUGGCUAUCUGCCGUUAGCUGGCUGGCAGCUGCAUUGUUAUUGUUUUCGCUUCAUUUGGUGGCUAUGUAGACACCAUUCUCCGAAAUUCCCCAGCCGAGGCCGGGGUCCGGGCUGCCUGAGUGAUGUUUUUCUGUCCGUCGCGGGAAGAUGGAUGAAAAGUCCAGCAGCAGCAGCAGCGGCCAGCACCGGCUCCUCAUCGUCCUGCUGAUGGUGUUGUUGUUUGGCGUCAUUAUGAUCCAGUAUGUUUGCCCGAGCGGGUCUGAGUGCCAGAUGCUACACCAGCUGGGGUCCUGGUUUAAGGACGGCGGCGCAACUGGUUCCCAGAGCAGGGGCAAUGAAAUCCAAGACGGGCUCCAAAGGGAUCCGUAUAUCGCAGAAGACGGCGCUCUGGUCCGCUUUGUCCCUCGCUUCAACUUCACCAAGGCCGAUUUAAAUCGUGUUGUUGACUUCAACAUUAAAGGAGACGACGUUAUAGUUUUUCUGCACAUUCAGAAAACAGGUGGCACGACGUUUGGUCGACAUCUGGUCCGAAAUAUUCAGCUGGAGAGGCCCUGUGAGUGUCACGCAGGCCAGAAGAAAUGUACCUGUUACCGGCCAGGUAAAAAGGAGACCUGGCUCUUCUCCCGUUUCUCCACCGGCUGGAGCUGCGGGCUUCACGCAGACUGGACCGAGCUGACCAGCUGCGUCCCGUCACGCAUGGACUCACGAGAGGUUUCAGAGAACCUGCCCAGGAACUAUUAUUAUAUAACCAUCUUAAGAGACCCUGUAUCACGCUAUCUCAGCGAAUGGCGUCACGUGCAACGAGGUGCAACUUGGAAGGCCUCCUUACACGUGUGUGAUGGACGUUCACCAACACUGUCUGAGCUGCCAAGCUGCUACUCGGGAGACGACUGGUCAGGUUGUUCCCUGCAGGAGUUCAUGGACUGCCCCUACAACCUGGCCAACAACCGGCAGACCCGCAUGCUGGCUGAUCUCAGCCUGGUGGGCUGCUACAACGUCUCCGCAAUGAGUGAGGAAGAGCGCUGGGCGGUACUCCUGGAAAGCGCCAAACGUAACCUACGCGGCAUGGCUUUCUUUGGGCUGACCGAGUAUCAGCGAAAGACCCAGUAUCUGUUUGAGCGUACCUUCAGCUUGGAGUUCAUCACACCCUUCACACAGCUCAACGGCACACGAGCCUCCAGUGUUGAGGUGCCUACCGAGACGCAGCGCAGGAUUCUUCAGCUAAACCGAUGGGACGUAGAGCUCUAUGAGUACGCCCGUGACCUUUUUCUGCAGCGUUUCCAGGUGGCGAGGCAGCAGGAGCGCAGGCAGGCCAGGGAGAGGCGGCAGCAGGAGAGGAGGCGGCUCCGUGGAAGGUUCACAACAAAGCAAGGGCGGCAGCUGAAGCCCACAGAAACACCUCGUCAGCAUGACAGACACUCUGCGGUAGUCAAGGAGCAGCAGAGGACGAAGGAUGAUGGAGACAGUGUAGAGGCAGAAAUUCUUCCCUCAGACUGGUGGGAUUUGAAUGAGAACAGCACCAUGGAGGAUUACAUGGACAAUGUGGAGCAGUGGUAGUGACAGGAGUGAGAAGUGGGCAGUCUUAAUAAUAAUAGUGCCAAGUUCUGCCUUGUCUGUUGUUAAUGAAUGCAAAUUAUUUUUAUUAUAUGCCUUCCACUAAAUUUUCUGUUGUGUCACCAUGAACUAUUAAAACAUUUAUUUAUUGAUACUGAUUGUAUUUCUUUGCCAUAACUGACGUUCAUAAUGCAUACAUUUCCUUGACAGACUGAAAGGCCGAUGGAGGUACCUGCAAUCCUGUACCUGUCAUCUGAACUCUUGUAGCUUUGAAUGAGGGGAUGUUUCUUUUUUCUUUGAUGAAAAGAAUCUUUGUUUCUAUAAAUAAUACACUACUGUUUGUGAUUUACAAUCUAAAUGUUUGCCAAAUUGUUGUCUUGUCUGAAAUGUGCACACUUUAAAAUCUACCUGUGAUUUUCAAUGUCUUUCAAGUAACAGAAAAGGAGAAUGAAAGUUUCAUAGAUACCUCAAUGUGUAGCAUUAAGUGCUAAUAUUGUCUGAGUUUUUAUAUAAAAUGCUUUUACAUUCA